UGUAGGAGGGAGAGAAUGUGCAAGAGAGAGAGAUAGAGGGGGAGGGAAGAAAUAAUAGACAGGGAGGGGAAAAAGAAAGGGAAGGAGAGAUGUUAGGAAGGUGGAGGGAGCAAACCAUACUUUUAACUUACCCCUGGGGUUGACUACGCAGAGGGGCACAUACUGUGCAUAAGGUGCUGCUAAAUCCCUGUAUACCAAAGGAGGAUGACACAAAUCGCAAAGAGACAUGGGAUUGCAUAAGAUGCUAAAAACAGCUUUCUGAUGCUGCAAGGGAUGCUUGAUCCAGGACAGGCACAGGAUGAGUUUAAAAAAUGGCGCCGACCACGAACAGGUGUCUUACAGUAUUUAUAUUUACCCCCAGCUCUCUCUGGACAGUUCCACCUGCUGCACUAUUCUGGCCUCUAAGGAAUCUGCUGCAUCAGAGGUUAUCAGGAAUGCGGUGGUUACUCUCAACUUGGACACUUCCAAAACCUAUGUUCUUGCAGAGGUAAAAGAAUCAGGAGGGGAAGAAUGGGUUUUAGAUCCAAACGACUCUCCUGUGCAGAGGAUACUACUUUGGCCAAGGAAGGCUCAGGAAAGACAUCCUCAAUCAGAUGGUUACUAUUUUUUACUGCAGGAGAAAAACCUGGAUGGGAGUAUCAAAUAUGUCCACCUGCCUUUGCUAUCAAAGCAGGAAGAGGCCAGGCGGUUAGUAGAGCGAGGCUUUCUGCCAAGGCCUCAAGAAGACUACGAUGACCUAUGCAACCUGCCCAAUCUUACAGAGGGAUCUAUUUUAGCUAAUUUAAAGACCCGCUUUCUGAAGCACAAGAUAUAUACUUAUGCAGGGAGUAUUCUUAUUGCCAUUAACCCUUUCAAGUUUUUGCCUAUCUAUAAUCCAAAAUACGUGAAAAUGUAUGACAACCAGCAGCUGGGGAAGCUGGAGCCCCAUAUCUUUGCAAUUGCUGAUGUGUCCUACCACACCAUGCUUAGAAAGAGAAUUAACCAGUGUAUAGUAAUUUCUGGGGAGAGUGGUUCUGGGAAGACACAGAGCACCAAUUUUCUCAUACAUUGCUUGACCGCGCUGAGCCAGAAGGGAUAUGCAAGUGGGGUGGAGAGAACCAUACUUGGGGCUGGACCUGUCCUGGAGGCUUUUGGGAAUGCCAAAACUGCACACAACAAUAACUCAAGUCGCUUUGGAAAAUUUAUUCAAGUAAAUUAUCUGGAGAGUGGCAUUGUCAGGGGAGCUGUGGUGGAAAAGUACCUCCUUGAAAAAUCUCGUCUUGUUUCUCAAGAGAAGAAUGAAAGGAAUUACCAUGUCUUCUACUACCUGCUCUUGGGGGUCUCAGAUGAUGAGAGAAAGGAGUUCCAGCUUAAACAACCAGAAGACUAUUUCUACCUCAACCAGAAUAACUUCAGGGUGGAGGAAGGGGAAGAUUUAAGACAUGAUUUUGAGAGGCUGAAACAAGCCAUGGAAAUGGUUGGAUUUCUCCCAGCAACAAAAAAACAGAUAUUUUCAGUAUUAUCAGCAAUCCUUUACCUGGGGAACGUAACCUAUAAAAAGAAGGCUUCAGGAAGGGAUGAGGGCCUGGAUGUUGGGCCCCCAGAAGUCCUAGACACAUUAUCACAGCUUCUUCAGGUGCAAAGAGAGCUUCUAGUGGAGGCUCUGACCAAAAGGAAAACUGUUACAGUGAAUGAGAAGCUGAUAUUGCCUUAUAGCCUCAAUGAGGCUGUGACUGCUCGUGAUUCAAUGGCAAAAUCUCUAUACAGUGCCCUCUUUGACUGGAUAGUUCUUCGAAUUAACCAUGCUCUGCUCAACAAAAAAGAUGUGGAGGAGUCUGUGAAUUGUUUGUCUAUUGGGGUCCUAGACAUCUUUGGAUUUGAAGAUUUUGAGAACAACAGCUUUGAGCAGUUUUGUAUUAAUUAUGCCAACGAGCAGCUUCAGUACUACUUUAACCAACACAUCUUCAAGCUUGAGCAGGAGGAAUAUAAAGAAGAAGGAAUCAGUUGGCAUAAUAUAGAUUACACAGACAAUGUGGGCUGCAUUCAGUUGAUUAGCAAGAAACCAACUGGCCUCUUCUAUCUACUGGACGAGGAGAGCAAUUUUCCCCAUGCCACAUACCGUACUCUGCUCGCCAAAUUCAAGCAGCAACAUGAAGAGAACAAGUACUUUGUAGGUACUCCAGUUAUGGAGCCCGCAUUCAUCAUCCGCCACUUUGCUGGAAAAGUAAAGUACCAGAUUAAGGAUUUCCGGGAGAAAAACACAGAUUUUAUGAGGCCUGAUAUUGUGGCACUUCUACGCAGCAGCGAUAGUGCAUACAUUCGGGAGCUGAUUGGAAUGGAUCCUGUUUCAGUCUUCCGCUGGUCUGUUCUACGAGCGUCCAUCAGAGCAAUGGCUGUGCUUAAUGAGGCUGGAAGACAGCGAGCGGAAAGAACAGCUGGUGUGGUUCGUAAAGGAGCAAGAGUCCCUCUGGCAGAGCUUCAGAGAUCCAAUGCACCUAUGGAGAAAAUUUAUCGGCGCUCUCUCCUCGAUUUCUCCUAUGAUUGCUCAGUGGAUUGCGAUAUUGAUGUAUUUGAAGACAAUUUCAUGAGUAUAUAUGAGAACAAGAAUGAGCGGCACUCUCAGCUGAUGAGCAGUAUUAAAGGACUCUCAUGGCAGGGUGAUGAUCCUGCACAGUUGCUGCGUGCCCUUACCCUGCGCACUAACUCUCGUCUACAACUCCUGAAAUCUAAAGGCAUCCGCCAGAAGCAGGUCAUCCCUAAGAACUUGCUAGACUCCCAGUCUCUAAAGCUAAUAAUGAGUAUGACACUUCAUGACAGAACCACUAAGUCAUUGCUGCACUUACACAAGAAGAAGAAACCUCCAAGUAUUAGUGCACAGUUCCAGACCUCACUAAAUAAACUGCUGGAGACCCUGGGCAAAGCUGAACCUUUUUUCAUCCGGUGCAUCAGAUCAAAUGCUGAGAAGAUGGAGAUGACUUUUGAUGAAGCCUUGGUCCUUCAGCAGCUCCGGUACACAGGAAUGCUGGAAACAGUGCGAAUUCGGAGAUCAGGCUACAGUGCCAAGUACUUCUACCAGGAUUUCAUAGAUCAAUUCCAAGUGCUGCUGCCAAAGUCUUCCUUACAGCCCAAAGAUGCCAUUGCAGUCCUUCUACAGCAAACUGGCCUACACCCACAUAAUUACCAGCUUGGAAAAACCAAGGUGUUUUUGAAAGAGCCAGAAAGGCAGAAACUGCAAGACAUGCUCCACCAGGCCGUCAUCAAAAAGAUCAUUCUUCUGCAGAGCCUUUUUCGAAUGGUUGUGGAGAAGGGAAACCUCCUUAGGAUGAAAAUUGCAGCUGUAACGAUCCAGGCUUACUGGAGAGCAUAUUGUGUGAGAAGAGAACUAGCAGUAAGGAAAAAUGCUGCAUUUUGUAUCCUGGCAGUAUGGAGAGGGUACAAACAGAGGCAAUGCUACCAGAGGCAAAUCACUGCUAUCCGAAGGUUACAAGCUCUAUGCCGAGGACAUAUACAGAGAUGGAGGUACAAGGAAAUGCUUGAAGUUCAUCAGAAGGCAGCGGAAGAAAGGAGGAAGCAAGAAGCUUUGGAAAGGGAGAGAUUGGCUUUAUUGGAAAAGACACGUAUAGAAGAAGAGCAAAGGAUUAAAGAUGAAGCAUUACAAAGGCUAGCUCAUGAGAGAAGAGUGCCAGAUCAGGAGGUGAUGAGACAGGUAGAAGGCAGCAUCACUAAUGCCUCUCAGGACCACGGUGUACAAGUGGAGAACGAAAAAGUGAGACAAAAACCAUUGGAGGAAGAUGGAGAAAUGGUUAGAGAGCAAGAAAGAAUCCUUAAAGAGAAUGAGCGUAACAAACUAGAAAAAGAAGAGAGAGAAAGCAUAAGCAUAGAGAGAGAGUUUAAGCCUUUCUGUGUGGAAAAGGAUGGGAGAGAGGAAACCAGUGUACUGUCAGUGAUUGAACCAACAAUGCCAGAGCAGACGGAAGGCCUUGUAUCAAGGACUAGAAGUCCAGAGAGAGCUCCAAGCAGCCGAGAGAAGCGAGAGAAUCGACGCCUGAGAGGUCUACAGCAUGACAUGUUACAAAAUAAACACGUUCAUUCUUCUUUUGAGGAAGCAGAGAAGGAGCCUGUAGGACAGCAAGAUAGAAAAAGUGCAAAACAAGUAGAGGGACCAUGUCCCCAAGAGGAGAAAACUGAUAAAGAGAAAGUAGUCACCAGGGAGAAUUCUAAAAGUGGAAAUUUUGAGUUGCAAGAAAAACAUCAGGAUUCAAGUUUAGGCCAUUCUGUAAGACCGUCAAGUCUUCCUCUGAACAUUCCAGCAACAGCAUCACAGCCUUCAAUACCACCUGCGGGAAUGCGAGAUGCUGAAGUUCCCAGUGUGGGACUGAUACAAAGGUACAGUGACCAUCAAAAACUUAAGGACAUAGCAGAGAAGUGGAAGGAGAAGAGGCAGAAUGAGGCUGGACAAGUUGAAUCUGUGAAAACACCUGAAAUAGAGGAGAAGGCAGUUCCAAGACAGAUUAAUGAGAGAUCUUCAGAAAAGACCAGAUCUGUUCCAUCUGCUGAUGGCUCCAGUUUGAUUCAGUCUCUCUCCACCACUCAGGUGCCUGUUUUAGAGACCGAGCCAAGUAAAGAAGUGAAGAAAAAUCUUGUACAGAAAAAGAAAUCCAGUGAUCCAAGCUCUCCAGUUGACACUGCCCAUACACAGUCUACAGACUCAAAGCAUACUUACAAGAACCCCUUGCAUAGGCUUCUGGGUAAAAAAACGGAUAAGAAAAGCAGCAAAGAAGUUCUUCUCACCCCAGACGGUACUGAGCAACCUCUCCAUCCUGCAAAGGAAACUAACGUUUCCAAGAGACCCUUAGAUGCUAUGUAUGGUACAGUGAUGGCAGGGCAUGGCAGUCAUCCACCUCUAGAGGAGAUGUCGUCUGGUAAAAUUCGCAGGAACAGGUCCAUUAAAAUUAGCAAAGCCACUACCGUGUCUGAAAAAUGGAAAUCCUCUCUUUACCGAGAGAUCACCAAUUCCUCUGAACUCAAACACCUUGAUGACUUUCUGUUUACUAAGAUGAAUACAUUGCAUCCUGAUAAGCCAGGUGUUGAGUGCUUACUUUACAAAGCCAUGGAAAUGUUCAGAGGAAAUCUCAAAGACAUGUAUUCUGCCCCUAAAGGUCAGAUUCAUGCUGGCUACAAGGACCUGAUGGAUAAUUUCCAGCUUCUCUUUGCCACCCUUACAAAGGAGAGAGAAGAGAAAGACGUUAAGCUGGUGUUGAAUCUUUUCCAAUCCUUUCUAGAUGAAUUUACCCGUGGAUACACCAAAAGAGAUGACCACGAACCUCCAAAGAGGAACAAAUCGCAAAAGAAGAGACGAAAACAAGAUCAGAUGCUGGAAUCCAACGGACAUUACUUUGUCAGCUAUCAAGUAAACAUAGGUGGCCAGUCUUGUGAGCACUGUUCUUCUAGCAUUGGGUCCAUGGAAAAAGCUUUUCUAUGUAAUACCUGCAAGAUGAUAUGUCACAAGAAGUGUGUGACUAAAGUCCAGUGUCCAUGCACACCAGCUGGGUGGAGGAAGAACCGUGGUGGACAACACUUUGGAGUGCAUGUGGGGGACCUGAUAAGUGAGACCAAUGAAGUACCAAUAGUAAUGGAGAAGCUAUUAGAGUACCUGGAGAUGCACGGCCUGUACACUGAAGGGAUCUAUCGCAAAUCUGGGGCCGCUAAUCGCAUGCGGGAGCUUAAACAGUGUCUGGAAAAAGAUCCCAACGCUGUGAUACUGGAUAAUUACCCAAUCCAUGCCAUCACUGGGAUUCUGAAGCUGUGGUUGAGGGAGCUUCCUGAACCACUAAUGACUUUUGCUCAAUACAGCGAGUUCCUGCGUGCUGUCGAGCUCCCUGGGAACCAGGAACAACUUUGUGCUAUCUACAAAGUCCUGGGACAGCUACCUCUAGCCAAUUAUAACACCUUGGAGAGGCUUAUCUUCCAUCUUGUCAAGGUGGCUUUGAUGGAAAAUGUGAACCGUAUGUCUCCAAAUUCUUUAGCAAUCGUCUUUGCACCUUGCCUGCUGCGUUGCCCAGAUAAUUAUGACCCCUUGACUAGCAUGAAAGAAGUAUCUAAAACCACUACGUGUGUGGAGAUGCUAAUCAAGGAACAGAUGAGUCAAUAUAAAAUCAAAAUACAAGAAAUUGGUAUGUUGGAAGCAGCAGAGACACGAGCAGUGUGUAGACUCUCACUCCUCCAACAGAACACGAGUAAAAGCAUCAAGUCCAAUGGUAAUGGUUUGCCUGAUCUUGUAAUGGUACCAGGAGAUCAGCUGUCAGGACCUGUAUCCUCUCGAGAGUCACAGAUCUUGUUCGAGAGAAUCCAGUCUAUCAAAGAGGAGAAAGAAGAUAUAACUUAUCGCCUCCCAGAACUUGAUCAGCGUGGUUCAGAUGAAGAAAAUAUUGACUCUGAAACAUCCAACAGCACUGAGAGUUUGCUAGAUGAGCGGCCUGUCCAGACAGAGACGGAAGCUACAUUUGGAAGUCUGACUGAAAAAUCGACACAGGUUCUUGGACGUGCCAACAGUCUUCUGACCAAACCACCCCUCUUCACAAUGUCUGUGCUGCCCACUGGAGCCAAGCGUAGACCUUCUUCCUUCUUGGCCAGGAUGAGGGUCCACAGACGUAACCCAGUCCUCCCAACCACCAACAUAAAGCUGCCCCCAGGACUGUCAACGGUCAAUGACUCUGUAAUGGAGGCUUCAUCAGUCCGGCGAAGAGAGCAGCCAGGGAGAAGAACUGACAGUAUUCAAUCAGUCUACCUCCCUGAGGGGACAGAAUUAGUUUCUGCACAGACGACACUAGAGUAUGAGCCUACUGCCAAGCUCAAACGCCGCUUUUCUGAUCCCCAUUUCCAAAUACCUUGCUCAGAGGAAGCAAAUCUUUGAGGUUCCAUCUUCUUACAGCAUGACUUAUGCCUUCUCUGUGCAUACUUAUCCUUGUUACUGUAAAGUUGCUACCAGGACAAUAAUGUAUUAAAACCUAGGGUUAGAACCAUUGGACUAUAUUUCGAAUAAAUUGGCGCUUUUCUCAUAUAUAUAUAUAUAUAUAUAUAUAUAUAUAUAUAUAUAUAUAUAUAUAUAUAUAUAUAUAUAUAUAUAUAUAUAUUCUCUCCAUUGUUUUUAUAUGUAAACAAAAUGUUAUAUUAAAUAGAUGGGGAUAUUCUCAUCUCUCCUUUCACUGGCCGUAUUAUCUUACUUUCCAGCUUCUAGUAAAAUAGGACCAAAGGUGAAUUUAUUUUGCCUUAUGUGAGUCACCUGUUACAAUAAUAUUUUUGUAUGAAUAUAUGUAUAUUAUAAAGCAGGAUUUUGUUUACUUUUUAUAUGUUAAUAGGAAAUCAAGGGGGGUGUAUGAGUGAUCGGAAGUGUGAUUAUUUUAUAUUUUGCCUUUUUUAAACCAGGGUCAUAUUUUGCAAGGGUAUAGUGUGUGUUUGUGUUGAGGUGUGUGUGGUUGUAUAUAUAAUAUACACUUGCACACACGCUGCAUUAUUUUGGAAGAUACAUAUUGGUUCAGACAUAGUCAUUCUCAAACAGUCAAAAAAAAAAUAUUUUGUUCCCAUCAUAAUUUUUUUACUUGGAAAAAAACACAAUCCUUAUUCUAUAGCAGGUGCACAAGGAUACAUACUUACACUUGCAUCAGGAAAAGUAUCACCAUUUAUGUAUUCUUAUAUAACACUGACCAGUCAGUGUAAUAUGGGAAUACAUAGUGAUAUUGUCAGUAAGCAUUAGUUAAGAAUCUGUGAGUGGUAUGUUAGAAUGGCAACUGUGUCAUGCAGGAAAGCAACAUUUAAAUUUGCUUUCUUUUUUGUCUUUUUUUUUAAUGGUACGUAAUUCAUUGUAAGACUGCAGAAAUAACAAUAUUUGAAAGGACAUUAAACUAAAUAUUUGAUCUGCAAUUAAGGACAAUAAAACAAGAUUGCAAUAUAAAUUAUUUGUUUUGCUAGCUUUUGCUGUUAAAUACUACAUCAUUCUACACAGUGAUUGCUUAGCUUAGAGCACACACUUAUUGACCACAGUAAAAUUUUAACAGGCUUUUUAAGGUGGGUAUAUAUGAACUGCUAUUGAUUUGCAGAUGCUUGUCAAAGUAUGCUAUAAGUUUUAAUUUCCCUUUUAGUUUAUAUUGCAGAAAGCUUCCCUAAACUAUAAUUUUGGUGAGACUUUUUGAUCAUUCAUUCAAGCAGGGAAAGAUGUGUUAUGAUAGUACGAAAUCCAAGACACUUCUUGAUUAAAUGGUUUAAAUCUGCUACAAAUGUGGAUUCCAAAAGGUUUAGUGUGAAAUGGCAACUGUAGGGUUUUGUAAUAAUUUAUAGCUAGUAGCAAAGAGGUUGUUUAUUACAGUAAAAUGUUCUAAUGGUGAAAAUGCUGCAAAUAGGAAAGGAUUUUGUGAUAUUUUUGUAUGAACAGUUGUGCCAACUUUGGUCAAUCUUCGCCUGUUUGGAUAACUGUCAUUGGACACAUUUGUUCUAACAAGUGACGUGUAUGACAUUUUAAGGGACAGUAAAGUCAGAAACAACCUGCAUGGAUAAAAUAGAAAAUGCAAUUUAAAAAAAAAAAAUCCAAUUUACUUUUAAAUCAAAUUUGAUUUGUCCUCUUGGUUGAAGAGUAAACCUAGGUAGGUUUGUAGCAACUAUGGAGCAUGCACGUCUACAGAACUAGCAGUGUUUACAACAAUGUAUAAUAGGUUUUAGGUUUACACUUCAACAAAGGAUAGCAAUUGUGAUAGCAGAAAAUUGGAAAGUUCUUUAACAUUUUAUGUUCUAUCUAAACCAUGAAAGCUUCAAUUUGCCUUUAGUGUCUCUUUAAAAAAGGCAGCUUUGUACUAUUUACCCAUGGCACACACUGUAGCAUGCCCCACUGACAGCCAGCUUAAAAACCUAUUUUCUGAAACAAAUCAAAUGUAUCUGUUUGCCGUAUGAACAUAUAACUGGUCAUUUUACAACAAUUUAGAUGUACAAAGUUGCCUGCCUGGUGUAAUCUAGAUUUUAUACAUGUAUAAUAUGUAAACAAAUAACCCCUUAAAGUGACUAAGGUGACAUAUCACAUGUUAUUCAUUACAAAUGUACAGGGUUGUAUGUUAAACUUAUCCUCUGCUUUGUUAAAUAAACUGGUUCCAGUGAA